UAAGGAAACCGUCCUUAACCAAGAAAAGGAGCAUCUUCUAUCAAGCAUCAAUUCAUGCUGACUGUUCGUGUUUGGUGAAAAGGUAUCACUUUUUUCUGAAGCUGUCCACCCAGACUUCUUGGUAUUUCUGUGGAAUAUUAAUAGGUGUGUGAUGUCAGAGCAGGAGGCAGUGCUCGGGAGCUCCCCCCCAGAAGACUAACCGCCCGUCAUCAUGUGCCAGUAUGAAUGCUAACAGAGCAGCCGGAGCUGUCAGGGGAGGGGAAAGAGAGGAGGGGCUGAGCAUGCUGGAAGUCAAUGACUGAAUCACCCAACUUCUUCCCAGGACUGCGUGGACCUCAGUGACUGCAAAGCUGCCUGGAAAGGAGCCCCGCGGUCUCCUUCUGCCUUCCUUCCCGCGGCUUGGGGCGGCUGUGAGCGCCCACCGUGUGUUUACCCUUUGGAUUUCUGACUGUCCACUGCCUUGGACCUCAAAAUGUGUCAUGUCAUUGUCACCUGUCGCUCCAUGCUGUGGACUCUUUUAAGCAUCGUGGUGGCUUUCGCGGAGCUCAUCGCUUUCCUGAGUGCAGACUGGCUGAUUGGCACUGCCAAGCCCUCCAGCAAUGUGGACGUGGACAACAGGACCGGGGGCUCUCAGCAGCCUUACCACCCCACCUUGGGCAUCUACACGCGCUGUAUCCGCAUCUCCCACAUCCAUCACUCCAACCGCAACACCCUCUGCGGUCCCUACGCCGAGAACUUCAACGAGAUCGCCAGUGGCUUCUGGCAAGCCACCGCUAUCUUUCUGGCCGUUGGGAUCUUUAUUCUCUGCACCGUGGCGUUCAUAUCUGUCUUCACCAUGUGUGUGCAGAGUAUCAUGAAGAAAAGUAUUUUUAAUGUCUGUGGGCUGCUACAAGGAAUUGCAGGUCUGUUCCUUAUUCUAGGAUUGAUACUCUACCCUGCUGGUUGGGGUUCCCAGAAGGCAAUAAACUACUGUGGACAUUAUGCAUCUGCCUAUAAACUAGGAGAAUGCUCCUUAGGCUGGGCUUUCUACACGGCCAUUGGUGGUACUGUCCUGACAUUCAUUUGUGCCGUCUUCUCAGCACAAGCCGAGAUCGCCACGUCCAGUGACAAAGUACAAGAAGAAAUUGAAGAAGGGAAAAACCUGAUCUGCCUCCUUUAAUUUGACAAAGAGACAGAGAGAGAGAUCGGAGCCUGUUCUUUCCUGAUUAACUUUGGAAAAGGACCCACUUUCCUGUUUUCACUGACGGUGACCACCCGUGUGUCAUGAGAGGCCUGUUUCUACUGAAGCCAUCCUUCAUUCUCCCAGAUCUCUGAGGAACCAACAGGAAGAAACAGUCCAUUUCAGAGAAGCUGGACACAAGCCACCAACAGGGCAAGGUGGGGGAGGGAGGUUAGAAGCAUGUAAAUAGCAUAUAAACCAUGUUAAAUAGCUGACAAAUGCUGUCAUUGUUAGAUUGCAUCUUCCCCCGGAGCCCCUGAAGGGUUCUGAGAUAAUAAAGCCAGCAAUCUUUAUUCUGGACAGGAUGAGAAAGGAAACUAGAUUGGGAAUGUCAAAAGGCUUCUCCCUUCUGUGUUUUGAGACUGUCUUCUACCACAAGUUUAGGGCCUUUAUAAAAAGAACAUCCAUCAGAAUGAGUUUUGUGGGGUGGAGGGACUUCAAAUACAGCUAACUGCCUGGUAUUGAACACUUUGCUGGGUAAAAUGAAGCUAUACUCAGUCCCUGCAGUGGAAAAACAAAUGUUAAAGGGGAAACAGGAUAUUGUUACUGGGUCAAGCCACUCACCCUCCUUGGGUACCAUACAGAGGGCCUGGAAGGAUACUGACUUAGGGGGUGCAGCCCUUUGUAAACUCCCCCACACGGAGAUCACUCAAGAUGAAGCACCUUCUUGGAUUAGGUGAACAAAAAGUCAGUCUGGGAUUACAGAAAACUAGAUAAAGGUUAAAGUCUUAUCAUCCAGUGGUUAUGAAGUUACUAUCUUUGGUCUUUUCAACACUAUGAAGGUUCCGAAUUACAUUCCUGUCAGCCCCUUGCCCCACGGACACUGACAUUUCUUUACACUUCAGUCUGCAAUAUUAGUGAUUAAUAAGACCACUUCUCUUAGCCCUCAGCAUCCAGACUUUCUGGAACUAGCUAGGCUGGUCCGUGAUGGACCAGUCUGUCACCAGGGUUCCAUUAAAGGACUUGCCAUGGCUUACUCAUGGAGAAAGAAUACAGGGUCACCUCCACGUCUAGAAGAAGUGUCAGAGGAGGGGUUAGGUGGUGGCUCCCUUUAAAUAGUGGAAAUAAACGCUUUUCUUUCCUGAACAUGGUCAACUAGGCUAGCCUGUGGGGCUAGCAAGUCCUGAGAUUGUCCCAGUUUCCAGUUCAAAUACAGAUCAUGUGUUUUUUUGCAAGUGUUAGGACCUGGCGUCGUUCAACUGCCAAAGGGAAACUCAUUCCCUUUCCUCAUUCCAGAGAUGAUGUCCUAGGGCCAGCUGUGGCCCAUUCAAAUGCUUAACGAAGAAGCCCUGCCAAAUUCUCAGCAUUUGUGGGGAGAUAUUUUCCCACUGUUUGUUCACCACGUUGCCGUCAGCUGUAUUUCCAAAUCCAGCAGCAACAACAGCAAUACAGUUACCACAACUGACAUUUUUUUUAUCAAGAAAAAAGAGCUAGUCAUGUGAUUUUAGUUUUUCUAGGCAGAGGAACUCCUCUAGAGGGCAGACUUAAAGAAGAUGGAAUGACUGCAAUGGAGAAAUUCUUCCCCAGAAGUUAGAAUUUUUUAAAAUUAGUGGAUCCGAAAUCACCCUCUGCAUAUCCACUCCAUGUGCAGGAUACAUGGACAAAUUCAAGAAAAUUCCUUCCUGUAUUUGGAAAACUUCUGCCAAGCUUGGAAAGUGCCUUGGGGACCAGAAAGCACAUCUAUGUUGACAACUUUAUUGUUUUGCCAUUCCGAACUCUUAACUUUUAAACCAUAUUCAUUAUAUUUCUUCGCAAAACUACUCAAUUUGCAAGCAUGACGUCUUCAUUUAUGCUCUUCAUAUUCAUCAAUUGGCCAAAGUUUGGGGGAGGAGGGGAAGGAUUUUUGUGAAAUUAAUUGAUACUGUUACUUUUUCUAACGUUUCAGAAAGUAGCUAAAAAUAUGUAUCAGUGAAAUCAAAUUGACUGCCAAAUCCCAAGGAAACCUUCAAAGAGACCAACAGGGACAUGUUCUUAUUUUUGCUUUCUCACAACACUGCAGUUGCAAGCAUUGACUUGGAUGGAAACAAUUUUGUAGCCCUAGUAGUCUGCUUAGCAGAAUUGUUUUCCAUUCUGCUCAGUAAACCCAAUUCACAUGUGUUUCUUUGGAUAUCUUGUAUAAGAAUCUUUAGAAAAAUUCAUGACUUUUUGGGGGGACAGGUAUUCCUCCUCCAAUUCCUCUUCAUGUUGUGAAGGUGACCCUUGAUUCUUGAAGUUCUAACUUAUUGCAUCAAUUCAACUUAUUUUAAGCAUUAAGCUGCUAUUGUGUGCCAUGCACAAAGUCAAAAAAAAGAAAACUUUUUGCUUGUAAAGAUCUUCCAUUCUAUUAGACACAAAAUGCUUUGAGUACAGGUGCCAUGAUGGUCUGAACAUUUCUAAUUGCCAAGAUAAACUUCACCAGAAGACUGUGGACAAUAAGUGACAAAUUAUGGUUAUAGUCAUCCAACAUUAAAAAUGAAUAAUAGAGGGGCAGCCAGGCAGGUGAUAGAGCACCAGCCCUGAAGUCAGGAGGGCAAGUCACUUAACCCCAAUUGCCUCAGCAAAAAGUAAAAAAAAAAAAUAAAUAGUAAAUAAAAAUAAAAUAAAAUUAAUAAAAGAGCAUUGGCUCUUUAGUCAAGCUACCUUUGUGACCUUGGACAACUUACACCCAAUUGAUGGUAGACAUCAGUUUUCUCAUUUGCAAAUUGGGGAGAUUAGAGUAAAUGGUAUUUAAGAUCCUUUCCAGCUCUAGAUCUAUGAUUAUUUUAAUCAAGAGCUCCCAAAAUAAUUGAUUAGAAAAGAGGGCAGGUAGGAGACUCAGUAUAUAGUGAAUCGAAUGAAAAAUGAUGAUCACCUCAAACAACAAACCAAAUUACUGAAAUUUCCAAGUGGAAUUGUUUUCUAAUCAUCUAAAAAGAUGACGCUGCAAAGAUCACUGAAGUAAAGUACAAAAAUCAUCAAAAAGCUGAUGUAGUACUCUGAAAACAGAGAAGGGCUUUUGGGGGUAGGGAAGAGUCUUCCACACUGUGGAACAUUGUGCCUUUAGCUUUAGAACCUCUGUCUGAUUUCACAGGCUUCACAGGAAAUAGGAUAAAUUCACAAGUUUCAUCUUAAUUCUAAUCUCCGGUGGGAAUGAGUUCUGUGAAGGUUUCAUCCUAUUUCCUGUAACUCAUCUCACUCUCUGCUCUUCUUCCAGCCUAUUCUCAGUAAGUUUCCAGACUCAUCUGAGGGGUAGAGCAUUGAAUCAACCAACUGGGAGAUUUAAAUCUUUUGAACUUUUAGAAGUGCUCCAAAACUUAGGCUUUCUAAGGUUUCCUUAAGCAGCCCAUUUUACAAGGUGUCUAAUCACUCCUGGGCUCUUCUUGCCUUUCACCCAGUGAUUGCAAUCACUUGUGAGUGCACACUUGCCAUAAUGCCAGGAACAGCUACUGCUUGGCUGCAAGUUAGCCUGACUUAACUCCAGGAGCCACCGGGAGCUAACCGUGACAGAAGUCAGCUCUGAAGCUGAGAAAGGAAGAUUAUUCAGGUCUUCUGUUCUAACCACUAUUUCCCACUUUGACCAAAGGCCAAAGUAACUUGAUUAUAAAUCCUGUGACUCAGAUAAAAAGGGAGAGGUGGGGUUAAACUUGGUGAUUCAGCUUUUUUUUUUUUUGAAGAAAGGAUUCCCUCUCAUUUUUUGUUGUCUACACUAAUAGCUUGGAAUCGUUGACUGUAUCCGUUACCAUAUAUAAUCUUAGGGUUAAAGAUUCAUAGUGGAACUGGGAUCCAGUCUUGUAUUGAUGCUCUUCCUUAAAGUUUCUAUGUAGGCACAUAACCCAGCUUCAUUAUUCAGUUAUUGCUUUUAGGGCAAAGUAUUGCAGUUUUAUUCAUUAGGCAAAGAUCUUUUCUUUAUUCAUCAACAAAAGGUUCCCACACCCAUUUUUUCCUCUUUCAUUUCAACUCCCAAGAUAAUCUCAAUGUCUUUAAAGUCCAGUUAAUUUCUAUAGAGUUAAAUAACUUCAAGAACCAAAAAGUCUCCUCUCUUUACAUCAUGUCAUCAUCAUAGUCCAUCUAUGUGACUGUUGCCUUGGCUGUAAAAAUGCUGCUAUCUGUACAAUUAUUCUUUUCCCGUCAAUUAUAAGUUGUAAACAUUUGUGUCCAGAGCCCUCCAAAACAUUUUCAUUCCAUUAGUUGAACUUUACAGGAUUUUUUUUUUUUUAACAAAGUACCAAGAAAACAAAACCACUGAAAAACAUCCCACAUGCUGAAACUGACUGUAUAACGGGAAGGGAAUCUACUUGGUGGGUAAAGGUGACAUCAGACUUUGACGGCUCUACUAGACUGAAGAACAGAAAAACCAGCAUCCAUCCAUCCACCACCAUGCAUCUCCUUCCAUCAAAAAGCUUCCCGAAAAUUGUUUGGCUUGGACUCAGGUUAUUCUGAAUAGCUCUUUUAAAACCACUCAAGAUGGAGACUAUGCAGGGAAGAAAAUGCAGAUGUUAACUGUUUAUUUCUCAGCUCUUCCAUUUUUCUAGCAGUUAUAACAAAAUUAAAAAGAUAGUUGCAAUAUUCAUAACACAUUUCAGCCGACCAUCUCAUAUUGAAAUGUAAGGUGCUUAGACUAUUGCACCGGAAGAGUCCUAUUUAUUUAGCCUAAAUCUCAACAUCAGGCAAAUUUGUAAGGUAUUACCGUGAUGCUGAGUGAACUAUAAGGCUCCUGAAAUAUUUGCUAUUGGUUCUGUGGAUUCUUUAAACCUGUGUGUUAGCUCAUCAGUAUAACAUAUUGACUUGGGGUGGGGGGAUAUUUUUAAUCAUUUUCAAUCUGUGGUUUGAUAAUCUUUUGUUAAACAUGUUCUCAGUAAAGUGCCAUAGUCCUUCUUUUGAAGUGUAGCAUAUUUAAAAAUAUAUAUACACACACACACAAGUCUGUGAGAGAUGUGCAAUAAAAAGUAUGUUUUUUUUGAAAACUGGAGAGAAGUUGGAAAAGGGUUGGGGGGAGGGGGGAAUCAUCCUGUUCAAAGCAAAGGAGAGCUAAGAAUGUGGGCUUUGGCUUCAUAAACCUAUGGCAAUUCUAAUGUGCUAUAUAAACCAUAGAGAGAAAAUGAUAUGUGAUUGUUGGUGUGAGUUUAAUCUCAAUCUAUAAAAUCACUAGACUUUUUUUUUUUUUUUUUGGAAAGUUAAGCCUGAAAACCCAGGUCCAAUUUUUUGCUAGCCUUUAAUUUGAAAUGUGAAGCUGCCAUGCUGCUUUUAUGUCAGGCUAAUCUCUAGUAGCAAAUAUAGUAUAUAGAGAUAUAUAUAAUCACUGAGAAGCUUAUUUCUGAAUAUGCUUUUUUUACACUUAUCAUCAAUGUGGGACCACUGCUUUGAGGCUGUUUUCACACAUCUCAUCUUAGCCACACCAGUCUUGCUUCAGUACAGGCGUGUUAAUAACAGUGAGUGGAAUUGUGUAAAAAUCUUAGACCUGGAGUCACACAUUUAAAUGUAGGAAUGAUGAUUCUGUAUGGCCAAAGGGAUAGAAGGCAAGACUUAUGUUUUCUUUUGAGAUUGUGGUGAAAGUACCCGUUGGCCUGAGGUAUUGUGAGGAAGCAGGGUGAAGGUGAACUUCAGAGCCAUAUGGUUAUGUAACAGCCACUUGAGCCAAACAGAAAUAAAAAAAACUGUGCUGAUGGACUUAGUUUGAGCCAGUGAUCAUUUGUGGUACUCCUAUUGUGUUCUCAACUAACAUGUUUUUCUAGCAUUGCCUAGGUUCCUGUGCACAUGUAUUUACCUUUUUUCCCCACCCUCAAAAGAUUUUAAUUAAACUAGACUUUAUAAACCUA